AGCUUAGACUUGCAGGGUAUGAGGCGUCGGAUGACAGUUCAUUUUGGGAAGUUGAUGAAUCUUUUUGAUAGGGUGAUCGAUAAGCGGUUGCAGUUGAGAAAGACGAAUGAUUAUAUAUCAACUAAUGAUUUCUUGGAUACUCUUCUCAACAUUAGUGAAGAUAAGAACGAAGAGCUUGAUAGAAAUCUUAUCAAACAUUUGCUUCUGGAUUUGUUUACAGCGGGAACUGAGACAACCUCAAGUACAUUCGAAUGGGUAAUGGCGGAAUUACCUCAUAACCCAAAAGUUUUACAAGAAGCACAAAGGGAACUUAAGCAAAUUAUUGGCGCAGGGAACUCAGUGGAGGAAUCUGGCAUUGCUUGCUUACCUUACUUGCAGGCAUUUGUCAAGGAAACCUUGAGGUUGCAUCCGCCUGUUCCUUUGUUACUUCCCCGAAAAACUGAAGCAGAUUAUGAAAUUCAUAACUUCAUCCUUCCAAAGGGUGCACAACUAUUGGUAAACACAUGGGCUGUAAGCAGAGAUCCCAACUUCUGGGAGGAGCCUGACUUGUUUCUUCCAGAGAGGUUCAUAGGAUCAGAAAUGGAUGUUAGAGGUAGGGACUUUGGACUCAUUCCAUUCGGUGGUGGGCGACGAAUUUGUCCUGGCUUGCCAUUGGCCUUGAAAAUGCUGCACUUAAUGUUGGGUAGACUUCUACAUUCAUUUGAUUGGGAACUUGAAGACGGAGUUACACCUGAAAGCUUAAACAUGGAGGAUAAGUAUGGUCUAGUUCUACACAAAGCCCAACCAUUAAAAGCUAUCGCAAUUUCACUUUGAUAAUUUUGUGUUAAUGUGUU